GCACAGCAACAGCAGUGGACCCACAUUAGCAUUGGCAACAGCAGCAGUACUUGGCUUAAUUGCAUUUGUCGUCAUCGCACAUGGUCGAGGAGGUCGGCUGCCUGAGACAGACUGGCAGCAGCAUCGGCAUUGUCGUCGCUAUGCCCAGCCCAAGCGCAUCGAAUACAGGAAACGCAGGUGUAGUAGCACCCACCACAGUGGUCACCUCCUCCACUGGUGGCAUUCAUCAUCAGCCGCAUCAACAUCAGCAUCAGCAGCAGCAGCAACAUCAUCAUCAGCAACAGCAGCAGCAGCAGCAGCAUCAACAGCAGCAGCACCAUCAUCCGCAACAGCAACAGCAGCCACAUCAUCAACUUUCCGGAAAUAUGAGCCUGCUGAGUGUCAAGGGCGGACGAUACUUGUGGACGGACCGGGAGCUGUUGAUGCAUCUACAGAACUAUACACCGCUGAUCCUACUAAUCGACUUUGUGGAAAAAACGCGCACCAAGCGAUUCUACGAGAACUCCGAGCGCUACGAGAUACUAAUGCUGGUUUUCAUCAUGCGUAAGGGGGCGCCGUUCUGUGAGAAUAAACGCUUUCCGGGCGAGUACUGGGUGAAUCUGUCGGUGGGGCCCAUUGCCGAGGCUUUUGACCGUUUGCAGGCAGCCAUCGAUAUACCCGAUCCGCAGCUUCCCAUACACAUGAGUGUGACGGAUCUGACCAGCUGGAAGCAGAUGUUCGAUGUGGCCAUGAUGGAUAUCAGGCGGUUUGCCUACUACACGGAUCCCAUGCAGCUGGCCGAUGCCGGAGUCUAUAAUCGAAUCACAUUCGAGCAGCGUUUUGGGAUGCAGUGGCAGGAGUAGGGAGCGGGUAGGGGCUUCCACAUAUAGUAUUUUUAGCCAAUAGAAGAAAGGAUCAAAGGAUUAUUCACACACAUCACGUAGUGGUUGGAUUGUUGCGUUAAUAUAUGUAUAUUUAGUCUAUAUAUACGCAGGAUAUGCAUAGUGGAAUUUAUCAGAUCUGUGCCUUCUCCCACUCUAUCAAAGCCACACUUCCUUUCGAUUCUGAAGGAUUAGAAGUUCCUUCGGAAAGCCCACACACACACUCUGGUAGUUGUCCAUGUAAUCAAUGCUUUAAUAAACAUAAACGUUACGGUUGCAA